GAAGCCACAGACAUGAACGCCUUUGGGGACACAGCACACAAGCUGCAGCCAGAUCAUGGAGAGUGUUGUCAAUGCCGUGUCGCUGGCAGCCACAGCUGCCUCUUUGGCCUUAGACGCCUCCACAGAUGCUGUGGCUCCUCUUUGGGCGCAGUUGCAGCUGAUCCUGUCGGCUGCUUUGCAGGUCACUGAAGCGUUCUGGCUACUCUUGGGUGAAGCUCUGGGACAGGCUGUGCGAGCGGUGCUGACUCACCCCAAGCUGGCCGUUGCGGUGAUUGGGGUGCCCGUGGUAUCAGUGGCGCUAAAUGUCGGCCGAUGGCUCAUCAACCUCAGCUGGGAGCGCGGUCUCCGUGACUCACGAUCCGGGCGCCUGCAAAGCGCAGGGCGGCGCCUGGCAGAGGUGUCGUUGAGCUACUCUUCUGGCGAGUCCGACAUGGACGAGGCCCGCUAUGAAGAGGCUGAAAAGGACGAGAGAAGUCCUGAUGAGAAGGCUGAUGCUGCGCGGCCAGAUCCACCUUCAAUCCUAUCAGUGCUCCAGGAGAAGCGCUUGUCGCUGAUGAGCUUCUUCAUGGGCGGUUUUAGUGGCGGCACCUUCUCAAAGUCAGAUGAGUGCUUGCAGUUCUUGGUGCAAAGAGCAGAGGAUGUCCAAUACGAAUCAGAAGAGCUCGUUUUCCAGCAGGGCACUGCUCGAUCGGCAUUCCUGGUGGUCAAGCAGGGCGAGGUGGUCGUAGAGCACGGCUGCCGCUCUGCAGAUGUCUACAGUCUGGGGCCUGGCAAUGCAGUCGUUGGAUUGCUCUUCAUGCUGGCCAGCAUCAGCACCACCAGCAGCUCUGCCUGCAGCGUUCACAGCAGCUCGGCCCGUGCUGGGGCCCAGGGUGCCUUGGUCACUGCAGUGCCCCUGGAAGCGUUUCAGGACGCAUUUGAGAGGUUUCCCAAGGCCAUGCAGCGCUUGGUGCAGCGACUGUCAGUGCGCUUUUCCACUGUAGUCUUUGACACGCUCUCUACUUACUUUGGGCUCAGGCAUGAAUUUAUGACUUCCUCCACGUUCAAAGCCAACGAGGCGGGGUUAGCGGAGCUGCGGGAGAUGAGCCCAGCAGAGGCUUUCCGGCCUUUGCUGCGCUGUUGUGGGGAGAAGGGUGAAAAGGAGCUUGAGCGUGCAGAGAGAGUCUGCUGCGAAGCAGGGAACUUUGCCAUUCCUCCGCAAUCUCGGGCGAAGCAUUUGAUGAUUCUCCUGGAAGGUGAUUUGGCAGUAGAGAUACCUGGCGACAGUUCUUCAGCAAGAGUUUCGCCUGGAGAUGCCAUAGGUGAAUUGUCUAUCCUGACAGACAAACCAUCGCUUGUGCACUAUCGUUGCAUCUCCCGCUGUACUUUUGCUGCGCUCUCCCGAGAGGUUUGCACGCGGCUCUUGGAAGAUUGUCCGCGAGACUUUACUCUCACGCUGUUGCAUUUGAUUGUAGGCCGCACAGCAACCUGGUUGCAUCGUGUGGAUGCCUGCUUGGACUGGCUGACUGUUGAGGGCAGCAGUUGCCUCUAUCGUCAGGGUGAUGAGAUGUCAGGCUUUUUCAUGGUAUUGUCUGGCCGCCUCGUUGCGCUGGAAAAGGUGGCGGAGGUCAAAAGCAAACGUGUUCCAGGACCUUUGCGCGAGACCAGUCAAACAGAGCGGGUCACUGACCUGCUGCAACGUGGUCGCCUUUGUGGAGAACUGGACUGCUUACGCAAAAGCUGCUACUCGCAAACUGUGCGUGCCUGCCGGGAUUCUGAGCUUUGCCGAGUCUCGCCCACGCUGCUGCAGCUGAUUGCAAUGGAUUUCCCACAGGCAAUCCUUCACUUUAGCUCUUACAUUGGCAGCCGUCCAUCCCAGUCAGAGGACGUGUCAAGUGCCAAGCACAAGACCACCAUCACAGUUGUUCCUGCCACCGCAGAUGUGGACAUCCAUGAAGUUUGCUCCAAUCUCACUUCAGCCCUUAGCAAGCUGGGCAAGACAAUGCACAUCUCUCCCUCCACGGACCUCUUCUUUUCGCCUGGCCUCAAGGGUUCAGCUCGCAGCUUGGACGAGGGGCGCUUGGGACGGCUCUUGGCAGAUAUGGAGGAGAGGAGCCGCUGGCUGGUCUACGAGGCAGAGCCCUGUGGCGCCUCCAUCACCGACUGGACCAAGAGGUGCGUCCGUCAAGCAGAUCACAUUCUGGUUGCUGCCAAUUUUAAUGGGCAGGGCCGAGGUGACGUACCACAGACUCCGAACGAACGGUAUGUGCAAGACGCCGCCCCGCUCUAUGUGAGCAGGGAAUUGUUGCUGCUUCACAAAGGUGCUGGAGGAAAAACAUCUCAGCUGGCCUCAAUGGAUGAUUGGUUUGUCGGAUCAGCAGCCCAUGCUGAUGCACUGAAGCCGGGUGUUAGCGGCUUCGUGCGACACCACUUGUUCGUCCACAAGGGAAGGAAAUGUCAGCGCUCAACACGGCACUACUUGAACCAAAGGUCUUGGGCCAGGCGUUGGCACCAUGUGCGCUUGGGCCCCGAGGAUGCCCGCGAUUGGGCUAGGGUGGCCCGGCUCAUCGCAGGGAAGGCCGUAGGCGUUUGCUUCGGCGGUGGUGGUGCCAGGGGCAAUGUGCACUUUGGGGUGAUCAAGGCAAUGCAGGAGCUGGGCAUCCCCAUCGAUGUGGUCUCAGGCACUUCCUUUGGGGCCUUGGCCGCUGCCAUGUCUCCCGGAAGAAUAAAUGAAGAGAAACAUUCAGCUGUCAUAAAGGAACCUGUUGAGCAAGACUGGAAGAUUCGUGCAAGAACAGUUGGUUGCAAAACCAUAAAACAUAGUCUUGCAGGAAUGAACGUGUGUUUCAGGUAUGCCAUCAGCGCGCCCGAGCCCAGCUCGUUGCAACGUGUGGUGACUCGUGUGAUGACCACGCAGUUUUCAACACGGAAGCUGCUGUGGGAUUUGACUUUUCCCCGCACGGCCAACUUCACUGGAGCGUUCCUCAACGCCAUGCUGAAGGAGAUCUUCGCGCGGCGGCGCUGUGAGGAUCUAUUGAUCCCCUUCUCCUGUACGAGCACAGACAUUGUGCAAUUCGAGGAGAAGGUACACCGUGACGGGCCACUUUGGCGCGUAGUGCGAGCCUCGAUGAGCUUGGUGGGAAUAGCACCUCCGCUGCCACAUCAGGAGCGAAGAGAGGAUGGUAAGGUUUCUACUACCUUGCUGGUUGAUGGCGGGUAUUCGAACCAGUAUCCGAUCGAAGUGUUGAAGGAGCAUGGUGCUGGCAUCGUUAUUUGCGUUGAAUGCUGCCCUGACUACUCCCCGGUUUGUACCGACUAUGGUGAUGCCGUUUGGGGCGGCUUGGUGACCUUAAAGCGACGGCUCAUGUGCUGUCGCCGAAGCGGUGGAGAGCCUGACCGAGACCCACCGACACAAGCAGAGAUCCAGGAGCGGCUCAUGUACCUGGUAGAGGCUUUGAAGGAUCCACACAAAGAACGGGCCGAUCUGGUGAUCUCUCCAGAUGUUUCGCCUUACAGCCUUUUAGACAUGCCCAAGUACAAGGAGAUCAUCGAUUUGGGUUACAAUACUGCCCGUGUGGCAUUGGGACAUUGGCUGGCAGAGGCUCCGGAAAGCACUCAAGAGAUUAUCCGAGCUGCCAGAGCAGAGGAACAUGUUGCCAAGUCUUUGAAUGAGGUGGAGUACGGUUCUCGGUUGACCUACGCCACGUGGCGCAAAAAUGCUACCCGCGUCGCCCGCAAGUUGUUGAAGAGAAGGUCGCGGACAGUACCCGAGAACUUGGAUGAAGCGGAAUACGAAGCAGAGAGCGAAGGAGGAUGAUUGAUUCC